CGGGAUUUUCCGACACUUUACUCGAUAUUCUACAAUUAUCUCUCCAUUUUCUGUCGCUCUUCAACGUGGACGCGCGACGUCACGCUCUCGAAUCAGCCUACGUGACUUCGCGUGGUCCAGUGUUACCUCGAUGGGUGGUUAAAAGGAAAACCCGAAUUCACUUCUGGGGUCCGCCGAGUACAGCGGCCUGCAACGCUGCAGCGCAGCCGUGCGACCUUGCGUGUCGUCGGCCACCGGCUCAGAGAAGCCCCGGCGAGUCUCCGUAGAUCGCUCGCUGUAUAAUCGGAGGGAAGCCACCAAGAACGUUCUUCAGUCUGCUCUGCACUAUGAAGGAGCCGCGCCGUCUUCGCUUUCUUGCUCGCGGAUAGACAGGAGUGCACCCGAACUGUGAUGCGCGGACUUUUAUGCGGCCUACUGUACUGCUCUCUCUGGUAUGGCAGUAUAGUGGCGGGCUUUUUGUUCAUCGCUUGUCCGCUCCUUCCACUUUUGCUGGUCAGUCCUCCCUGGUUUCGAAAAUGCGGGGACCUCCUUUUCUCAUGCUGGGAGCUCUAUCCCACCGCUCUUCUGGAUAUAUUCGGCGUAAAGGUGGUGGUGUCAGGGGACCACAUUCUACCUCAGGAAUCUGCAAUCCUCGUGAUGAACCACCGGACCAGGGUGGACUGGAACUUCCUCUGGGCCGCCAUGUACCAAGCGUGUCUACCUAACGUCGUGGCUCAUAAACUGAAAUUUAUCCUGAAGGAUCCCAUCCGCCAUGUUCCUGGGCCUGGAUGGAUAAUGCAAAUGAACGGGUUUCUUUACAUAACUCGUCGCUGGGAAGAGGACCAAGGCCGGCUAGCUAAGAUACUCGACUACCUUAUAGCCCUUCGCAGUCGAACUCAGCUGCUGAUCUUCCCCGAAGGAACUGACUUGACUCCGUUGAGCAAAGCCAAAUCUGACAGGUAUGCUCAGGAGCACGGCUUGUCACCCUACAGUUACAUUCUGCAUCCCAAGACCACAGGAUUCACCUACUUGGCCAGCUACUUGCAAAAAUCCAGCUACCUCGAUGCUGUGUAUGAUCUGACGAUAGCCUAUCCUGACAACGUACCACAGUCGGAGGCUGACCUUGUCAAAGGUAACCUUCCAAAUGAGGUGCACUUCCACAUCAAACGAAUCCCUUCGGAGGAUCUUCCUCGAGAUGACUCGCAGCUGCGAAUAUGGUUAAAUGAGAGAUGGUCCAGGAAGGAAAGCUCCUUGGAGGAGUUUGCCAAGAAGAAGGUUCUCUCUGCGAAGGCAUGGCCGAUGGUCAGAACGACAUCGCUGAUUGUGGCUUUCGUUUUUUGGAGCGUGCUCACUGGAGCAAUGGUACUUCUUCUGAUCGUGUCACCUAUUUUCCAACUCUGGGCCCUGGCACAUUCCAUCUUCUUCAUUGGGUUGUCUCUCUUCAGCACGGGGUUUAACCAGCUCGAGAUGGGCUGGUUCUGGCGGUGGAAAACUCAUGCAAUUCGAGCCAAGCUCCAUUGACUUGCUGCGUUUGAGGGAACCUUUACGUACGGUAUAGCUUUCGUACCCUUACUGUGAUAUCACUACGUGUAACUGGACAAACGUUGUUUCCUUCUUCCCCUCGAGUCAACGUUCAGAAACGAUGGCAGAUACCCAUGUUAUUGUGUAAACCGAUCUUGCAGUGUACAACUUUUGAAGAUAUUCCUGUAUUACUUGUUUCUCGCAGUACUUUACUGCACAAUAGUUUCUACGUAGCACUUUUUGACUGCACUCCGAAGGAACCAUCUCCGCAGUUUUAUCUGAAACUUUUUUAAAAGAAGAUAGUCCUUCCCCCACUGCGAAGGUAGAGUCAAAGUAAUGAUCAUUUUCAGCCGUUUUUAAUUCUGACAAGGAAUUGAAUUCAAACAGUUUAGUCGAUGACUGUUGGUAAAUGAUGUAACAUAUUUUCUCGGAGUACCUCCAAUUUGAUACUUGACUUUACGAACCCUUUUCUAACCUCAAUGACGAAUUACUUCGGUAGGGGUAAAACAUUCCCUCAUGGAGACCAUUAUCUGAAAUAGCCUGACAAGUAUUAAGCUUAGUUUAAUGAAGAAAAAGAAUUUAAAGAAGGAAUUGAAUCCACCAGAAUUAAUCAAGUAAUCUUGUCUGAAAUUCUUUCGUAGAGAGCUAACGAUACCGAAGAGACUUUCGGUGCAAACAAGACCUGGUAAUUGUUGAAUAGAUGAAUAAUUCUUAAAUGUAAACCAUAAAACACGAGAAAAAAAGAAGGAAACGGCGGUGACGUGUGUUACAGAAGUCGUAUUUAAUGUAAAGAAGACACCUGAAACCGAAAACCCCGUCCCAAGGUCCUUAGAAGUUAGAUCGCCGUGCAAAAUCUUCCAAAAGCGCCCGUUAGCUCAAAAUUCCUGUCCUCGGGCGUUUUUAUUUUUCAAGACCUUUUGUGAAAGGUCUUUUUAAAACCAUCACCUGCUGGAAGUUCUUGCCCACUCUCUAUGUAUACGAAAAAAAAAGUGUUUUUAGGUUAAGCGCGAAGUACCCCUUUCUUCUCACAUAAGGUUAAGGUGAAGUGAAACGCCCCUUAGAUCAGUCGACUUGAAUAAGACACUUUUUUUUAAGGGUAUUGCAUCGAACCAUCGAAACUUUGAUGAAAACUUUCCUCGACGUGUUUCACUUCAUCUUAAGAUUUCUGCCCGAUCGGUUCAUUUGGCGUAUUGUAACUCUGUAUGUAAUUAAACGCGGUACGCACCGAGUGUAUGUUUUAUUGUAUUAGCAUAUACACGUUGCGUUGCGUGUCGCGUAUAUAUAUAUUGUAUAAAGUAGGGCUCCUUCGGAGAGUUUUUUUUCCCUCCGAGGUUUUGUGAGUUCAAUCGCUAGAUUGUGGAAACUUCCAAAGCUCGGAUAAACGGCGUCUAUUUUUCCGUAGACAUUAAGGAACUUCACCUGCGGUUAGUUUAAGGAAAGUGAAUUCACGUGCCAAAGAAAGAAUUCUGCUCGAUGAACUCGAUGGCUCGUCCCACUCGACAGAUUCAAGUUUUCUGCGACUGCUUUAAAGGAGUUAAUUCUACAUCGCUUUGUAUUUAUGUAAAUGACUGUGGUAUUUUUUUUUGCCUCGGCAUCAUUAAUUGAGCAGAUGGUUUCAUGUCUUUACUCUCUUCCGUCGAUCUAUGAGCGUAACAAAGAUUGUAAAUUUGUUUUCUCUUCCAAUGUCUGCAGUUUCAGUAUUUUGAGUUUGUCGAGUAAGACAAGCAUUAGUGUUAAGAGCAUUGUACGUAAAAUACGGUAAAAGGUGUCCUUUGUGUCUUUUAACAGAUUUACCGUUAUGUCCUGUUGGUAGCAUUCGCUGUACCUUAAGGCCACUUUUUCUUUAGUUUACUUAGUGUCAAAAACGUGAACAGUACUUUUUUUUUAAAUCCAAUGAUUAAUCGAUAAUACGCUUUUGUAUUAAAAUACCUCACGAUUGAUUAUAAUCGUGCAUUUAAGUGAUAAGAGUCCAAAUGGGAAUUCCUAACCCCUACACUGUUGGUCAAAAAGUAAUUUUGUUAAGAAAAAUUCGACCAAUUUCUCGCCGAUAUCCGAAAAAUUGGCCUUAAGUGAUUUCUGAUCGCGAAAGUGUAGUCUUGUGUCUAGUCAAAUAUAAUCGUUAGAAAUGUCCUAGUCAUUGUUAAACCGACAUACAUGAGUGACGUAGAGAUAACCUUACAAAAUACUAAGACUGAAGUCAAUUAGUCGGUGAACGAGGAACGUAAGUUUACUUGUAGUCUCAGCGAUUCAUCCUGUGUGUACAAGUUCAUAUUUAUAGAGGAUAUAAGAGUCAAACGAAUUGCUUGUACCCUACAGAGGCACGGAAUGUUUCACCAUCAAAUCUUCUUGUCACUCCACACAAUUCUUUUCUUCUUAACAUGCAAUUCCACAAAUUUUUCAUUAAUCUUUUUUCCAUCUUGAUUUAUUAAAAAAAAUUAAUGAAUCAGAGAAAAAUGUAUUAAAGAUUCUACUAAAGAUGUGAAAUGGCAUUCCGAACCUUCAGGGUUGACGAGUCAAGCUUCGAUGAGGGCAGACCCUGUGACAAUUAUACGCGAUCCAAAUGUCUGUGUCAUAGGUAUAGUGGUAACGUGAAGUUAAUGUUGGCACUGCGUUGUGUGCAAAGGAAACACGUAUGUAUACACUGUACAUACAGACGUUUAGUGGAGACUUGAGAGAUAGAAGCAUAUGUAUACACAUAUAUGGGUAUAUAUAUACAUAUAUAAGUAUAUACAAUUACAGACACGUAGAAGUUUAACAAA